GUGCCCUUGCAGGUGACCCCAUGAACGCAGCCCUGCAGGUGACAGCGUUCGGUCUUGCUCUUCUCUCAACCCUCUUCCUGCUCCUGGCCACGUGCACUGACUGCUGGAUGGUGAACGCUGACGACAGCUUGGAGGUGAGCAGAGCAACCGCUUGGAAAGGGGACAAGGUGGGAUAAACCCAUUGUUUUUUUCCAUGGGGCUUUGUGACUUUCUCCUGCUUCCAGGUGAGCCACAAAUGCCGGGGGCUCUGGAGGGAGUGUGUCACCAACAUGCAGGACGGGGUCAGGACCUGUGACCAGUAUGACUCCAUCCUGGCUGACCAUCCGGUGAAGAUCGUGGUGACACGGACCCUGCUGAUCACAGCAGACCUCCUGGCUGGCCUGGCUUUGGCCAUGCUGCUCCUCGGGCUGGAUUGCAUCAAGUUCCUCAAGGAAGAUCCCGGUGUCAAACUGAAGAUGCGCUACGGGGCCAGCGGCAUCCUCGGCGUUGGGAGCAUCCUGGGUCUGGUGGGCUCCGUGUGGUACGCGGUGGAUGUCUACGUGGAGAGGGCCAUGCUGGUGUCGCACAACGUGUUCCUGGGAGUCCACUACGACUUCGGGUGGUCGUGCUGGCUGGGCAUGGCUGGCUCCAUGGGCUGUCUCGUAGCAUCGGUGCUGCUGGCCUGCUGCCUCUGUGCCUGCACAGAUCCCAGCAGCCCCCAGCAACCCCAGAGGACUCCCCAGCCCCGGGUCCGAACGGCCACGAGCAAGAUGUACGCCAUGGACUCCCGUGUGUGAUGGGCAGCAGCACCUCCUGCUCCCAGCACCACUGGGGGAUGCUCUCCCCCUCCAAGCUGACCAC